GCCUGACAGCAUGUACUUAGUUGUAACAAACAGAGGCUGAAGACAGGAAUCUACUGCCAGGCAACCUUUAUCAAAAAACACCAGGACACUUAUCUCGAGUGCAAAGACAGGCCCUGCCUUCCGUUUGGUUGCCUCCUGAGCCAUGAAGACUCCCCUGUGGACCUUGCUCCUGCUGUGUCUGUGUGUACCAGGACGCUGCGACUGCCAGAGGGACUGCCUGGCCUGCAGUCAGAGCCUUCCGAAUGAGCCUGCCUUCAGCAUGCUGGUCUGUCUGGUGGAGUGCGAGGGUGGUACUGCUCCAACUUCUACUUGGGAGUUGUGCCACCGAGUCAUUGACCAAGCGCAGUUCCCCUCCCUGCCACAUGGAGGCUCCAUGCUGAAAAGAGACAAGGAGGAACUGGCUGCCUUGCUGCCCGCUAAUCAGGGAAACGGUGGGCUCUUGUACUCUGGGGCGCUGCAACGCUUCAGCCAGGUGGCUCGGGCACUGGGACUGGACGAGCUGGACAGGGAAGGCCGGACAGCUCAGCUCAACGCUGCCUACCAGUCCCAGCAGCGUGGAUCCGAGGAAGAAGAACAAGCGGAAGAGGACGACGGAGGGGAAGGGCAGCGGGAAGCGGCCGCCCUCAAUCUGACGAAACGCUUUGGGGGCUUCCUGAAAGGCAAGCACGGGUACAGGAAGCUGAUGGACCCUGGCCGGUCCCUGCAGAAGCGCUACGGAGGGUUCAUAGGUGUCCGCAAAACUGCCCGCAAGUGGAACAAUCAGAAACGCUUCAGCGAGUUCCUCAAGCAGUACCUGGGCCUGAGCACCCGUUCCACCGAGUACAACAGCGUCUCGGCGGACAUCACAGAACAGAAUGCUGUGUAGCUCCCCCCCCCCCACCUGAGAUGAAAAAUUGAUAACUUACAGCCACUAUGACAUGAAAUAUUGAACACAGAGUGUGUUUCAACCAUUCUUUCUGUAAAUAAAAGUCCACAUUUUAAUGAAUGACAUGGUUAAUUCAUGAAAUAAAGUUCUGAACUUAAGUGAAUGUAUAAACUACAUUUUCAAAGUUUAACCACGCUGAAAAUGGUCACACGGCUACCAGGUAAAAUUUCGAACAGAAAUAUUUAGUCUUAGAUAGCUUUUGCUCAUCUUUGCCUGUUACAGAAGGAUCUCACAAAUAAAUACAGCUGUACCAGCUGAAUUAUUAAAUUAAAUUGAUCAUUUAAUUAUUUGAUGUUUCAUACCAUUGGAACAUUUCAAUUAGGCAAUGGUCUGAUUAAAAAUAAAUCUAAAUCAGAAUCCGGUGGUAUUCAUUUAUAUAUUUUAAAGAAUUCACCAAAAAAAAGCACUUUAUAUGCUCAAGUUAUAGUAUGUGUUAAACCAUGGCAGGGUUGUUACUGUGCAUUUCAAUUCUCCUUCAUAGGCAUGAGGACAUUCUCUUCCCUUUGAUAAUGCCACCCCCUUGUGGUCAUAAGGAACAAUUUGGAACUGAGCAUCAAUGGGGUAACCAAAAUCCAUAAAUAUUAGAAUAUUAGUAAAUAAAACUUUCGACUGAAACCCUUAUAUCAGCUACAUUUCCAAGCAGAGAAGAUAGAUUGGACUGUGCAUGUUGCAAGCUUUACCAUAUUUAUUUGUAAAUAUAAGAUAUAUUACUCAAAAAAUGCCAAAUUAAUAUUCUGAAAUGGGGAAAAUAAGGGACUGUUUCCACAUAAGACAUACUGUCAGCCUGCUAUCAUUAGCAACAUUUCUUCACUGCUGAGUAGACAAUUUAGUAUUCAACCCAUUUGUGUCCUUAUUCUUUCAAAUUGGUUUCCUUGUUUAUUUUCCUGUGCAAUUAUUUGACUACCUGUACAGAGAUAAACUGAACAUAAAAACUAUUAAUAAAUUAGUUAAACAUUUAA